UCAACUUCAUCCAACUCUCAUCACUCAUCAACCAAUAUUAUCAAUUCCCAAAGCCUUUCUCCAGUAGCUUUUAUUGAGAUAACUACCUAGCCCACUCUCUCUACACGACUUCAGAAUCAAUUGCCCAACAUGACUAAAGGAGAAGCCUCUCAGAUCAAGGUCCACUACAAGGGCAAGGAUGAGGACUUCAUCAUCUUCAUCGACGACCUCGAGACCUAUAAGAAGUGGAAGAGCGACAAGUCUAUUCCUAUGGCUCACUUCAUCUCCACCUUCCAGGUCUUCGUGACACACAAGCAGGGAACGCAAGGUCAGAUGGAUGGCGCCUCCAAGGCGACUCUCGAUAACGAGUUCGGUGUAUCCAACGAGGAUGAAGUCAUUAAGAAGAUACUAGACAGCGGUAGCCUUCAGGAGUCCGAGUUCCCUGAACGCCAAGGACCCAAGAACGACGCUCAGCAAGGCUCCAUUGUCACCGGCCAGGUUACUAGAUAGGGUCGCAAAUAUCCUCACCGGCAGAACCUGGGGAAAGCUGCUGCGUCGUACUUUGGUACUACAUCGCGCCGAUGAUUGAGAUGGCAGCACCAAAGUGUGUUAGGGCCGUCAUUGCUUAAUGUUCCUAUGAAUCAUCAACCAACAUAAGUUUUGCAGGCGAUGAUUAGGGUUUAGCUACCUCACAACUAGCGAGGAACAUUUUCGCGAUGGAUUUGUAGAAUAGGCGUAGCUAGCGGCAUAUAAAUCCCAAAUGGUUCCAAUCCGUAAAGGGUCUAAAUGAU